AUGUCAGCAGAACCCGUAGACCUUUCCACCAUGGCCCGUUCCAAGUUACAUUCAGCUAUGGGAGGCAGCCUCCACCGCUGGGUACUUCUCAAAAAUUCCAUAUUUCGGCCACCUCGUGCCUCCUAUGAGCCCAGUGUGGCGACCAGUUCUUCCUAUUCGAAACAUAUUUAUAUUUCAAGCGAUGAUAGGGAUAACGAAGACGAUGAUGAUGAAGACGAGUUGGAUUCGUUCAUGUUCCCUGAUGCUUCCAAACUUGUGGGGGUCGGAGCCAGUACAUCCGAAGCUGAGUGGCUCGACUCACUUUUAGAAUCCCUAGUCGAAGAUGAUGAAGAUCCCCCACUUAGCCCCUUAACGUCACCAAUGUCUUCGUCGGACGACCUACUCAGCCAUCAAGCAUAUGUUGUGCCAUAUCCUGUGCCAUAUCCGCCAUUCCAUCCACCACUUGUUCAUCCAUAUGACCUUGGUCCCAUCAUUGAGUCUCCUGUUUCACCAUUUCCAGCGUAUGACGCUUUGCCGUACUAUGAUGCCGAUGAGUUAGACGAUCUAUCGGUCCCAGAAGCUAUAGAGGACACCUCCGACGACGAGUCCGACGCCCUUUCUACACCUUCCCUAGGGCGCUCGUCAGAACUUGACUUCGUGGACCCGACGUCCCUCCCUCUUCCAGGGCAACGGAGGAGGCGACGGUCACAGCCUCAUGUGUACAUCCGACACCCGGAUUCUUAUUUUGAUCGUUAUGCGCUCGACCCCCUUCCAUUUCCCGAUGAAGAUCACUCCACUUCGUAUAAUGCUGUCUAUCAUGAAUGUUAG